AUGACUCGACUUCAAACUCCGGGACCUUUUUCUUCUUCCACCAUCCUCGCGCUCGUCAUCACCAUCCUACCACAAUCAACGUUCGCUUCACCCAUAUCACACCUGUACAAACGCAGCAGCAGCCAAAUGUCCGCCGGCGCCAAAGCUGGUCUAGGCGUCGGGAUCGCAGUCGCAGCAGUCCUAGCGCUGGGGCUGAUCGCAUUUUUCGUCAUCCACCUGCGUCGGUCAAGGCAUCUGGCGCAAAUCAACCGAGACCGAGCCGUUCUUGCCGGCGAGAAGAACCAAGACGGCUCUGACAAGCCGGACAAAUUCGCUACAGCCACUGUUGCUCCUACACAACCUCCAUCGACCUCGGGGAUGCCUCGAAGAAACAAGUCGGUCAAGGACCGGCUGAUGGGUCCUUUGUAUCGUGGCAGCACCAUCGACCUGAUGCCCAUGCCCAGAGCACAUAUGAACGAUUCCAACCGAGCAAGUACGGUGACGAUGGAGGGCGAUGGCCAACCUUUUCUGCACAAACCAUGGGCUCGGGAGAGUUCUCCGAGACCAAGCUUCAGCAGCAAACGGGCAACCAGGAUGAUGAUGAUGAUGUAG